AUGACAGGCUUACAAUUUUUUGAAAAAGCUAGAAAAACAGAAAUUCAUGAAAUUGAAAAAAAACUGUUACAUAUUCAUAAAUAUGUUAUCUCCAGUUUUAUGCAUUCAGAUAUUUUAAACAAGGAAGAAAUAAUCUUGUAUUGGAAAAAAUGCCAUAUAUAUGUAACAGAUGCAAAAACAUAUGUAACACACUUUUUUGAUAAUUAUAAGAGUUUUACCAUAUGUAAUGAAAGAAAUUUAUCAAUUGGUGAGUAUUUUAUAUACUUAAUUAUAUACAUGAAAUGUAUGAAAAUUAAGAACAAUCCUUUCAGAGUUAUUAAUUUGUAUAUAUUUACGAAUAAUAAAUGGAAAGAUAAUUUAAUUUUCCACUUUUUAAAAAAUAUCUUUUCAAAAAAUAAUGAUCAGCAUCAUGGCAUGAAUUAUAAAACGUUGAUAAUUGAAUAUUUAAUAAAUAAUUAUAGCACAUUUCACGAGCAACACAUUGGCUUAUUUUACACAAACAUAUUAAGAUACAUUAACAACAAAUUGGAAAUAAAUUUUUUAAAAAAAAAUCAAAACUAUUUAAACGUUUUUGCAAAUUUUCUAAUAACCUUUAACAGUAAUGCAACACUAGAGUUAAAAUCUCAUAUGCUUAAAACAUUCUUACUGAUUGCAAAAAAUUUAAAAAAAAUUCUGUUGCAAUUUCCUUUUGAUAAAGACAUAUGUACACAUAUUUGCUUAAUUUAUCAGCAAGUGAAACAUAUCAUAGUUACUUAUGAAACGAAAAUAAAUCUUUUUUUGAAAGAUCAAGAAAAUGUUUCUCCCAUCCGUUCAGUAAAAAUAAUUCAAGAGAAACACCAUCUCAGAAUCGAGCAGUGCUCGAAGACGCAGAAAAAAGGUGAAUCACACAAAGUUCCUAAGAGUGAAAAAAUAAGCACCAAAUUAGAGGAGCAAAAGGGGCAUGAAAAUGAUAGAGGCUAUGCAAAUGAUAACAACUAUGCAAAUGAUAGAAACUAUGCAUGUGAUAGAAACUAUGCAUGUGAUAGAAACUAUGCAUGUGAUAGCAACUGCUUAAAUGAUUGCAAUAGUGUAAAUGAUAAUCUCCAAGUAAGUAAUAACUUCUCGUCAAGUAACAGCGGAUAUGCUAAUCAUUACGAAGGGUUCGUCGACAGUUACUGUGACAGUGAUGGGGACAUUGUAACAGAGGAGGAAGAAGAAGGAAACCAAUGCAAAAAUAGUAAAAGCAUUCCAGAUGUGCAAAAAUAUUUAUGUCUUAUAAAAAAGAUAAAGGAUCUGUUACAGAAAUGUGACAAUAUUAUUAAGGAAAAGAAAAGGGAGAAUCCCUUUUUAAUGUUAUGUAAAUAUAGAAGUAUUUUAAUUAUAAAAUAUAAAAAUGUAAGAAGUAUUAAUAUUAGUGAAAACUUUGAUUAUUUUUUAUUAUUUUUUAAAAUAAAAAAUUUGUUAUGUGAAGGUAGUAAAAACCCCUUUUAUAUUUUUUUAUGCAUAGAAAGUAUAAAUUACUGGUUACAGAAAAAUGAAAAAAUGAAAUAUAUUUUUGAACACACUAAUGGUACAACCUUCUCAAAAGUAACAAAAGCCUGUCUUUUAACGGAGAAUCAUCAAAAUAAUAGUACUGAGGAAUCUGUGGGAAUUAACAAAAUGAAGAGAAAUGAGCAUUUGGACAAAGAACCUCCUGAAAAUUAUGAAUAUGCAAAUGGGCAUAAUUUAAUCAACAAUUAUAACAAUUUGUUUUAUAAAACAGAUCAAACUGAAGAUAAAACAUUCAAAGAUGUUGUUAACAUGGUUAGUUAUGAUAAAAGGUCUGAUAUUAACAAAUUGCUCGAUAUUACUGAUCAUAGGCAUGAAGACUCUUGCCAUGAUGAGAACUGUGAUUCAUGUGUAAAAGGCACAAAAGUGAUUGAAAUGAAUCAAACUUUUAAAAUUAAAAGUGAAAACAAAAUUUACGAGCACGUGCGGAAUAUGAAUGAAAACCAUUCACCAUUACAAUUAGACGAAAUUGUGGAGAUAAGUACUUUAAGAGAAUGUUUUGAAUAUGCCAUAUAUAAUAAGAAAAUAGAAUUUCUAGCGCAUUUGUACAAUGUGAUUAUGAAAAGUGUGUUACGAAUAUUAAAAAAAUACUCAUGGUAUAACAUAAAAAUAAUAUGGAAAAGUUGCAUAAGCAUUUACGAAUUUUUGCUGAGAAGCAGGAAAAACGCAUAUGUAAAAAAGGAUGUUUAUAACCAUUUAACCUAUAUAAUUUUUAAUCAGGAAAAAAAAAAAAAAUAUUUAUGCCUAUCGUUAUUGUUAAAAUAUUUUAAAAAGUCCAUGUGUGCAAGAAAUGUGUUGGAAUAUAUUUUCUACUGUUUUUUUCAAAAUGACGAUUUGUUCAUGUUCUCGUUGUAUGAAUUGAUAAAACAAUGCAUUAAGCAUAUAUUUGUUCACGGAGAAGAUAAGUAUUUGUUGUACUACAUAUUUUUGAAAAACAUUUUAAUGACAGAUAACUUUUGCAUGAAGACUUUUUAUAUAAAGAAAAUUAUUGAGUUAUUUUAUAAAAAUGAUAAUAAUUAUGUUUACUUUAUUUUAAAUAAGGAAUAUUUCGAUUUAAGUUUAAGGAAAUAUUUUUUUGACACAACCCAAGAAGAGGAACAAAAAGUAAGGCAUAUCGAAACGAAUUAUACAAAAUGGUCACAAAAUAGUGUGGACAAUUUUAUUUGUCUUAAUGACAUGAGUAGCUCAAAAAAAAUAAGAAGAAAAAAUUACUUUGAAUUUUUGAUAAACGAAUUGUUAGAGAAAAAAAAAGUAGACGAAAUUGUGUAUAAUUGUGUUGUAGAAAAAAUGGAGGAAAAUAUUUUUUUUAAUUAUAAAACUGUAUAUAUGGAAAAGAAAAAUUUUGAGGAAAAUGCAUCCAAUGUGAGGGAAGAGAAAUUAGAAAAAUAUUUCUUAUAUAAUUUUCACACCAUAGAAAACAUUACCUAUUUGGAAUUGUACACAUUAUGUACAUUGAGAAAAUAUCAGUCCAUCGAAAUAGUAAAUUAUGAGAACCAUUAUUUUUAUCAAUUGAGAAACAAUGUUUUGUUAAAUGUCAACAUUUUAAAUAACUUUUUUUAUUUUUCGAAUGACGAAAUUGUCUUAUGCAUUUUAUCUUUCAUUUGUGAAAACAAAUAUUUAAACCUUUGUGAUUUGUAUUUGUUCCAAACAUUUUUAAUAACCUCCAUAAUGAACAUUUCGAGGACUAGUAGGGAUGCUUAUAGAAAGUACAUUUUAUUAUUCUUUGAGAAAUUUUUUAUAUAUUAUCAUAGGAUGUUGGAGAUAGACAAGAAGAAAAGGGAGAAAAAAACUGGAAAAAAAGGAGAAAAUAAGAUAAUACCCCAAAGUAAGAACACAAAUAAUGAUAAAAGGAAGGAAGAACAAGGAAAAAGAGGAAUGGUAAAUAAUUACCAUGGGGAAUAUUCUCUUGAAGUAGACAAGAUUAAUGAACAGGAAGAAGAAGAAGAUUUGGAGGAUAUUAUGGAUACCUAUUCAACCAGCUGUGAUAACUGUUCACGUGACAUGCUAAAAGUUGUGUUCUUUUUGUAUGGAAAUACAAAAGUGCUUUGUGAAGACAAAGUUUGUAAAUCUCCAAAGAAUGUAUAUUCUUCAUGUCUGUUUCAUUCAUGGAAUGCAAAACAUUUAGACAAAGAGAAAGGCAUUUUUUUGUAUAAUUACUACUUAAUGAAUAUAAUUUUCAUUUUAUUUAAAAACAUAAAUAAAGAUAUGAGCAUAGAGGCAACUAUGUACUGUUCGGAUAUUCUAAAUACAAUAGUGAACUAUUGCGAACACUUUGAAAUUAUGAACUUUUUUUUUUUUCUAUUUAAUGCAAAAACAACAUGGAAGGAAUUUUAUUUAAUAUCAAGAGAGAUAUUUUUCAAAACUGUAAGUAUAACUAUACUUAAAAAGCAGAAAUUUUCGUAUUUAAAUAAUUCAUUUAUUUCAUUGGUAAAGUCUCAUAAGCAGGUGGAUCAUACUUUUUAUGCCUUCUUAUUAAAAUUAUGCUUCAUUUCGUUAAACCAUAGUAUUAAUGUCAACAAUAGGGAAAAAAACAUGGUAGUAAAUUAUCGUCCUGUUUGUGGUGAUAGAAGCAUUGAUAACUAUGUUAUAUGUGGAAAAAUAAAUAAUUUAAAAGGAAACAUUAAUCAAGACAUCAUUGCAUAUGACUUUUUUAUUAGUCCCCUUAAAUUUAGCGACAUUAAAUAUAUUAAGGAAGAUAAUAAAUAUUUAAUAAAUUACAUAAAUUUUUUAUUCAGUGAUAAUUGGAAGAAGCACUGUAUUAUGCAAAAUCUUCCUUUGUAUAUAUUUGAAAAUUUUGUUAAUAAAAUUAAAAAAGAAAGUAUUCUAAAAAUUACUAAUCAUCAGGAUAUAGAAAAUUGUGAAAUGUAUAAAUUGGCCUAUUACAUAAACGAAUUUAUCUUAUAUUUAAAGGAUAACAUAGAUUUUAGAAAAAACAUAACAAAUACAGAAUUUAGUAAACAUUUUUCCAAAAUUAAUUUAUGUAAAUUUAACACAUAUAUAAACUCUGGAAAAUCCAACUUAUUUUUUCAACCGAACUGGGAAAGAAAAUCAUCUGAUACUUACUACUUAAUAUUAUUAAAAGUUUACAUUUGUAAUAUUUUGUACUAUUUUAUUAAUUAUUUGAACUUUCUAUUUUUAAAUGAGUCCCAAAAUUUUUUUUUUGACUGUAGAGGACAUAUGAUUUUUGAGAAUGAAAAUGAAAAGGAGGUAACUUCCAUAAUCAUUUGGUUGUCUAUCAAAUAUAUAUGCAUCCUGUUUACAUCCAUAAUUGAUUUUUCCUUCAAAUUUAAUAUUGACAUUUCUGAGGAUUGCUACGAACAGGAGAGGAAGAAUCAUAAUGCAUUAACAAAUUAUGUCUCAAAAAAUGAAUGUACAAGGAGUAAUAAUUAUGCGAGUCUGACAAAAAAAAAUAUAUCUUUGUGUUUUUUUCAGAAUACAGAAAUUCAUCUUAUUAUUCAAAAUCUUCUAUGUUUGUUAUUAUAUUCAAAGCAUAUUGCAUGUCAGCAGUAUUUAGCCGAUUGUCUCUUGGAUGUUUGCAGAAUUAUAGGAAUGAGGGCUAGUGAGAAUAUGCAGACAAUUCCACUCUUUUAUGUAUAUAUAAUUUUGCUUAUUUUCAAAAAACAAGAGGAUAAUACUAUGAAAAAUGAGGGGGAGAAUGGCGCUAAUAUGUUCAAUGCAGAUGAGGAAAAAAACAAAACGCAUACCAAAAUCGACAUUAUUGGUGCUUUUGUAAAUGUAAACACAGGGGAUGCUGAUGAAAACCACAAUUAUAACAAUUCUGAACGAAAUAUUGAAGGAUAUAAUUUCGAAUAUUUAACCGGAAUAAUUAGUGAACUAAAUAAAUUGCUCACGUUGAAGGAAGAAGAAAAUGUGGACGUCAGUGAAAUUUUAUCUACGCAUUUUUUAAAGAGUAAUUUUAAUCUCACCCAAAAGGAACCGAAAAAACAUAGAACAUGUAGGAUCAACACACAGAGUGAGAAAGGUAAUACAUACAAAGAACCAGGCUAUGAAAAGCUUUUUCCUGAACAAUCCAACUUUGAACUAAAUAUAAAAUUAAAUAUGCUUUUAUUGGAUAAUCAAAGAAUAAACAUGAAUUUUUUAAGAAAGUCAAGCAAUAUAUGUCUAGCGCUAAGCUCCUUAGCUAAGUCAUAUAAAUCGAAAGAACAAUACAUUAUAUACAAUUUUAUAAUAAAAAUUGUCAUAAAUUAUUUAUAUAUUGGGAAUAAUAAAUAUAAAAAGGUGAUUUGUUUAAAUAUCAUAAAACAUAUAUACACAAUUUUAGAUAAUAAGACGCUACAUGAAUAUAUUAAUGAUAUAUACAAAAUUUCUUUAAUUUAUUAUAAGAGUAAAUUUUUUUGUCUAAAAAGUUCGAGUACAUCAUUAUACAACAUUUUAACAAAACGAUUAUUAGCAAAGUUGAAUUAUUCUUAUCACGUAUCAUCGAAUAUGUAUUAUUUUUGUACUGGAAGUAAAAAAAGAAUAUUUAAAAACAUAAAUUUGACAUUUUGUGAUUUAUUAAACUCUGUCAAUUUGUUAAAGAUAUUUUUAAAUAUUUUUAUAAAAAAGUGCAAAAUUUUAAAUGCACAGCAUUGUAAUAAAAAUAGAUAUAAAUCCUAUUUUGAUUAUUCUAAUUUUUAUGCACAAUUUAUACCUAUAUUAAUAUUUCUAUCAAAUAUUAUAAUUUUUAACAAUGAUGAUUAUUUCUUACUUUGCAACCUGAAGGGAAAUUUACAAGAGACGCAUAGUAUACAUCAAUUUAGCUUAGAUAUGGACAAACCGAUUAAUAAAGGAGAGAAAAAUACACAAAUAAGUGAUAACCUGAAUGAUCAUAUUGAAAAAGGAAAAAAUGCACAUUGUAAAGAUACAUAUAAUAAUACCCGAAACGGUACUUAUGAUGAGAAUAAGAUGAAUAAUACUAAUGAAGAAGGCGAAAGUGGAAUAAGCAACAUUAAUAUAUACUUUCUGUUUUUAAGAUAUUUCAAGAAGUUAUUUAUCUAUGGUAACUACUUUGUUCAAGUACUUAUUUGUAGAAUAAUUGUUAAUGUAUAUUUACAUAUAUACAUAAAAUUGAAGAUGGAAAAACUGAUUUUUAAUUUUUUAAAUAAAAUUAUAGUAAGUGCUAUUGAAAAGAAAAAAAAGAAUUGUUAUUUAUUUUUGUUUAUAGAAUUUGUUAGGAGAAAUGAGUCCAAAAUUUUGAUAGAAGAAAAUAAAGAAAAGUUUAGAAAAAUAUUUUUUCAAUUUUUACUCCUAUUUAUUAAAAGUAAAAGAUAUUCAGAAAUUUUGCUAAUUUUACAAAUUUUAAAUAUCUUGUAUAACAAAAUAUCAGUUUCGUUACACAAAAAUGUAGUAAAUUUACUUUUUAACAAAUUAACACUAUAUCCAGAUGACAUGUUUAUAUCCGUUUUAGUGAACGAACUGUUGAUGAAAAUAACAAAAAAUAUCAAUAAUUUUGUUUCCCUUUUGGAUAUAUAUCUAUCGAUUAAUAAUGAAAAGUAUAUAGAAGCGUUCUUAUACAAUUGGUUAUUAAAUAUAAAGAAGAGGAAUAAAAAGGAAUUUCAAGCGAAGGUAAGCCAUCUAAGUAAAUUAUCCAAUUACAGUUCGUUUAAUUUUUUCAUGAAAUAUAAUAAAAAGGAAUUUAACAUUGUCUUCGAUGCAGAAUCAUUUGAUGAUACCAAACAAGAUGUUUGUGAUGAUAAUGCUGAGGAUGGUUUUGAUGAUAAAACGCUGCUGUUAGAUGAUGAAAGGAUAUACAUAUAUCUAUAUCUACUACUUUUUGAAAUUGUCUACAAGUAUAAGGACAAUAUACAAAUUAAAAAGUACUGUUUUAGCAUUCUAUUGACAAUUAUAAGUUUUAUAUCUAUUGAAAAUUUAUUUCUAUUUGAUAAAAUGCAGCAAUAUUACAUAAAACAUGCUAGAAAUAACUUUCUGGACAAGUAUGUCAUUUCGUAUAGCUACCACAUAUGUGCAAAGCAUUUUGCCAAUAUUGAGGAGAAUGAAGAUAUUGAUAGAAAAUAUAUGCACUCACCACAAAAUGGUUUCAUUAAAUUGAUAUACGAAUUUAUUGAUAAUGAAAAGGUUAAAAUUGUUUCAUCUCUCAGUUGUACUAUGAAGGAGGCUCUUUUUAAUUAUGCUUAUUUCUAUUUUCUCCUGUUUGUAAAUUUUCUAUCCCUUUUGUAUAACAAAAAUUCAACUACAUAUAUGAAGUAUUUUGUAAAGGCUUUCAUAAACUACGGAAUUGUGGAAUAUGAUUACGAACAAUUGAACAAGAAGAAAAAAGAAAUAAAAAAAAUGAAUACACAUAUGUAUGAUAAUAUUAGUGAACAUACAACCUUCCUUAACAGAGAAGAAUGUUUUUCCAAAUGUUCAAAUAUUCAAGAUUAUGGUAAAAAUUGGAACAGCAAUAAUAUUCGAAGAGAUCAAAAUAAAAAGAAAAAUUUUAAUAUAGAAUAUUUUGUGAAUAACAAUUGCCACUCAAGAAACUGUGUCGAGGUGGAUAUUUACAAUUAUGUCUUACCUAUGAUAGAAAGUAAAGGCAAUUGCAGUUGUAAGAAUCCUUGUUCUCAAAACAGCACUAGCCCGUAUGAAAGAUACACACAAUGGUAUAGAAAUGAUUUAAACAUGUGGAUAACAAAAGUAUUACAUAACAAAAUAACGUAUCAAAAUAUUACAUACGAUAUUAUUUAUAUAAAAGAUGCACUGAAACAUUUGAGAAAGUACAAUUUAUAUACCGCCUUCUUUAUAGUACUUUAUGGUUGUAUAAUAUUUAUGUUAAAUGAUGAAAAUGAAUCAAUACGAUAUAAAACAAAAAUUGCAACAUUAUACAUGAUGAGAAAGAAUGCGUUAAAUAUAUCCAUGAAUAUGAAAGAUAUAAUGUGCGUUGAGUUUUUUAUUUACUAUAUUUCCAAGUGGUAUAAUAACAUUUCAAUACACAUAUUAACCUUUUGCAUAUAUCAAACGAAAGAUUGUAUUAAAAAUAGUUUCUAUUAUAGUCCUAUUAAAUUAUUUGAUCAAGAAAAGUAUAAUUUAUACAUUAACAAUAUAUUACUAAAUCAUUUGUUCUUGUUUUAUUACAUAUUUAACAUCGCUGAAAUUUGUACAGAAAAAAAUGUGAGAAGCUUAAAAUGUCAGAAUAAUAUCACGAUGUCAUUAGGUAGCAAAAAUGAGAAAUAUCAAAAACAUAGUCAACCUUGUGAAAAACAUUUUGUUCGUUUUAAUGAAAAAGACAAUAAUAAGGAAAUUAAUCAAGUGAAAUUCUGUGUGCAAAAUGAUAAAUCAACAAAGGAGAUUACGGAUUUUUAUCAUUUCGUAUGCAUACUUGGUGGUCAAAGAAAGGAAGCUUUUAUGAGAAAUAUAAAUAUUGACAAUAUAACUACACUUCUUUCAAAUGAAAUAACGAAUUUGGAUCAUCACGAUUUAUGCUUUUUAAAAAGUAGCGCUCUAUGGGAAAAUAUGUUGGAAAAUUUAAAUCUGAAACUUUCCAUUUGCACAAAAUGUAAUUCAAUGUGUAGUAAAAAUGGAAAUGUUAGGACAUCAUACAUGGUUCCAUGUGUAGCAACAGUUAUAAAACCGUACGUUAUAACAUUUUUAACAAUGCUACGUAUGCACUACAUCAGAGAUAUUAAAAAGAGUCUAGACGAUUAUUCACAUCUGUUACGGUGUUACAAGAAUGUGGACUUUUUUGAUUCCAAUUUUAUUAUUUGUUGGAUUAAUUUGCUUAACAAAAUAAUUAUUCUUCUAAUAAACAUAUUCAUUUUUUUUCAAAAAAAUACAUCCUUAUAUUACAACAGUUAUUUUUAUGACGAAGUAAAUAUUAUUAAAACAAAGACAGUAUUCAUUUAUGACACCUUUAAAUUAGUAAGAUAUGAAGUUAACCCAUUUUUGCUAAAAACUUUGGAGCUUUUGUUAUCCAUACUGGGUAGUACAUUUUUAAAAAACAGCAACUUCUUUUCAGAUAUAUAUGUCUUGCUAUAUUCUUUGAAAUUUUCUAUUUAA